CCCCGCCCCUGCCGGCCGUCAGUCGGGCGGGCGGAGCGGCGCGGAGCGGAGCGAGGAGCCUCAGCGCGGCCGGGGAAGCGGGAUGGAAGCGCCACCCGCUCCCCCCGCCGUCCCGCCGGCUCCCUGCAGCGCGGCGCGCAGCCUGCAGGAUGAAUUGACGUGCCCGGUGUGCCUGGAGUACUUCAACGACCCGGUGCUGGUGGCCGAGUGCGGGCAUAACUUCUGCCGCGCCUGCGUGACCCAGUGCUGGGAGGACUCGGCGCGGCGGCUCUGCUGCCCGCAGUGCCGGGAGCCGGUGCCGCAACGGCUUUUCCGCCCCAACCGUUCUCUCGGGAACAUCGUCCACAUCGUCCGUCAGCUGGGCUUGCCGCCGGGCCCCGCUGAACCGCCGCCGGGGCCUCCCGCCCCGGCUCCGCCUCUGCCCGCCGCCGCUCCUCCCGGCCCGCCGGGGCCGCCGCGCUGCCCCCGCCACGGCGAACCUUUGCGGCUCUACUGCGUGCAGGAUCGCCGCGCCGUCUGCGUCGUCUGCCACCUUUCCCGGGAGCACCGUACCCACACCGUGCUGCCCGCCGAGGAGGCGGCCCACGCCGCAGAGGAGGUGCCACAGGAGCAUUUGAGCUCCCUGAGGAAAGGACGCGAAGAAGCCAAGGCUGAGAGGGAGAGACAGAGCGAAGACUUGCUGAAGCAGACAGAAGUGGAGAGGCAGAAGAUUGUGGCCGAGUGCAAGGAGCUCCGGGGCUUCCUGGAGGAGAAGGAGCAGCUCCUCCUGUCCCGUCUGGAGGAACUAGACAGAGACAUCGUCAAGAGGAGAGAUGAGAGCGUCUCCCGGCUCUCCGAGGAGAUUGCCCAGCUCGAUAAGCUGCUGGGCGAGCAAGGAGGAGAGAACGGCCCAGGAAACCAGUCUGGGCAGGGUGUUGCCCCAGCUGGAAGCAGCUUUGAGAGCUGGAUGUUUUGCAAGCCGGAGGCCGGCUUCACGGAGCUGGAGAAGAAACUCAAGAGCUUCUCCCAGAAGAGCGCAGUGCUGAAGGAGGUCUUGCUGGAGUUCAAGGAGAACCUCCGGUUCGAGCUGGAGAAUGACACAGGUGAUCUCUCUCUGGACCCAGACACUGCCAACCCUUACCUGGUGUUGUCAGAGGACAAGAGGAGCGUGCGGCUCAGGAGUGCUCCCCAGGAGCUGCCGGCGAACCCCAAAAGAUUCGAUUAUUCCUUUUGCGUGUUGGCGGCAGAGGGUUUCGUAGCUGGGAGGCAUUACUGGGAGGUGGAGGUGGGAGAUGGAGAGAGCUGGGUCCUGGGGGCGGCCCGCGAGUCGGUGCGGAGGAAGGAGAAAAUCGACUUUGCGCCGGAGGAGGGGAUCUGGGCGGUGGGAUUGAACUGGAAGGGAAAGAAUUGGGAUCAGUAUCAGGCUUUCACCUCCCCGGAGACGCCCCUGUCCCUGUGCGAGAGGCCCAGGAAGAUCGGGGUGUACCUGGACUACGAAGGUGGGUGGGUGGCGUUCUACAACGCCGAUAACAUGGCUCCCAUCUUCACCUUCACGGCCGCUUUCACCGAGAAGAUCUUUCCUUUCUUCUGGCUCUUCUAUGUGGGCUCCUCGCUCUCCCUUUGCAAUUGACCCCGUUUCUUUAACCCUCCCCAAGGUGACCUGCAAGUAGUGCCCCAUCCCCUCACCCUGUCCCCCCGCCGCCCCUUGCUUUCAGACAAAAGGACCCCGAAAC